AUGGCUGGGAUCAAAUGUGUUGUGUUUUUGGUGGUCCUGAUUUUCCAGUGGACUCAUGCAAGAGGAGAUACUGAAGUGUCCUGUGUUUAUAUGGAGAACUGCACAUUGCCAUGCAGCUAUGAGGGUGCUGAUGUAGUCAUUCACUGGCAUCAGGUGUCAGCAGGAAAUCUUCCCGUUCACUCAUUCUUCCACAAUCAAGACCAGCCAGGAAACUCGGCCCAGCGCUUCAAAGGCAGAGCAUCAACCUUCAAGGACCAGAUCUCCAGAGGAAACGCCUCAGUCCUGCUGACAGGAGUGAAGGUUCAGGAUGAGGGCAGAUAUAGAUGCUACACCAGCAUCAUCAAUGGGAACAUGGAGUCAUUUAUCAACCUAAAGACAGAUGCUUCUCAAGAUGUUCUUGAGUAUGAGAACACAAUCCCAUGCAGUCCAUCAAACAUUACACUCUCAAAUCUCAUUUGGAGAUUCAGCCACAGUCAGCUCAUCCUGGAUGGGACUGUCACAAACUACACAGUGUCAGAGAAAUGGAAGCAGCGUGUGAAGAAGCUUUCAGAGUCAGGCAGCCUCACACUACAGGACAUAUCUGCAGAUCAGGAGGGAAUCUACACAUGUGAAGUCCGUGAUGCUGAAGAGACAACAAUAAGUCUCAGAUCUGUGAUGAUUCAUAAAGAAACAACUCAAAUACACAAAACCUCUGAUGACUUUGAUCAUGUGUCUCUACCUGUUGUUGCAGAUACUGAAGUGUCCUGCAUUUUCAUGGAGAGAUGCAUGUUGCCGUGCAGCUAUGGUGGCCGUGAUGUAGUCAUCCACUGGCAUCAGGUAUCAGCAGGAGACAUUACUGUCCACUCAUUCUACCACAACAAAGAUCAGCUUGAACGUCAGAACCAGCGCUUCAGAGGCAGGACGUCACUGUUCAACGACCAGAUCUCCACAGGAAACGCCUCACUGCAGCUGACAAAGGUGGAGGUUCAGGAUGAAGGAAGAUACAAGUGCUACACCAGCACUGACAGAGGAAACCAAGAAUCAUUUAUUAACCUAAAGAUAGAUGCUCCUGUCAAAAAAGUCAACAUUCAGCGGACAGAAAACAUCAUCACCUGCAGCUCAGACGGGAUCUAUCCUAAACCUGAACUCACCUGGUCCACCAGUCCUUCAUCCAAGAACAUCACAGUCCAGCUGACUGAACAGCUUCUUUACAACAUCAGCGGCUCUUUGAUCGUUUCAGACAGUGAGACCGAUCUGGACUACAGCUGCACCAUCAGCACUCGCAGAAACAGAAAGAGAGCAACUUUAUUUAAACCAGAUACUGAAGUGUCCUGCAUUUUCAUGGAGACCUGCAUGCUGCCAUGCAGCUCUGAGGGAGGCACUGCAGUCAUCAUCCACUGGUUCCAGCAAUCAGCAGGAAAUCUUUUUGUUCAUUCAUUCUAUGAAGGCAAAGACCAGCUUGGACUGCAGUACCAGCGCUUCAGAGGCAGGACGUCACUGUUCAGCGACCAGAUCUCCUCAGGAAACGCCUCACUGCAGCUGACAAAGGUGGAGGUUCAGGAUGAAGGGAGAUACAAGUGCUACACCAGCACUGACAGAGGAAACCAAGAAUCAUUUAUUAACCUAAAGAUAGAUGCUCCUGUCAAAAAAGUCAACAUUCAGCGGGCAAAAAACAUCAUCACCUGCAGCUCAGAGGGGAUCUACCCUAAACCUGAACUCACCUGGUCCACCAGUCCUUCAUCCAAGAACACCACAGUCAAACUGACUGAACGGCUUCUUUACAACAUCAGCAGUUCUUUGAUCGUUUCAGACAGUGAGACCGAUCUGGACUACAGCUGCACCAUCAGCACUCGCAGAAACAGAAAGAGAGCAACUUUAUUUAAACCAGGUAAGCAUGUACAGGAUCUUUAG